AUGCUCCACCAUGCCUCGCUGACAUUGCUCCAUGUUAGUGAUAUAUUUAUUUUCUCUUCACAAUUAUUGGAUGCAAGCUGGGAAGCCCGGCUGUCUUCAGCUGUCAUCGCCAGGGGAGGAAGGGAGAUCAGGUUUUGGAGUAGGACUCCGAGUGGUUGCAGCAAGUCCGCGGCUCCGGCCGCCAGCUCACCUCCGUGGACAGCCAGGCGCUCACCGGCCUGCUCACCACAGCUCGCGCACCGCCCUCCGGCCGCAGCCCCGGGGCCAGCUCUAGCCAACGGAAGGACUGCCGGAGGGCCAGCACCGGGAGCUGGCUGCAGUAGUCGUCCACAAUUCCCGGAGUCCUGGGGGACCGGUUCCCCCUUCCUUGGUCCCAGCUCCCUCCUCCCGCUCCUCCGGGUGUGCCAGCUAGCCACGAACCAUCGCUACACUCACUCGAGGGCGCCUCCAAGGUUACCCGCGGCUGGGGGCUGGCGCGCGCUGCGGCCACUGGCCUCCUUUGUAGCUCUCCUCUUGCCCUUUGCCAUUCGCUGCCGCAGGGCUGUGGGCUUCCAAGCCCCAAGCCGGACGCGUCCUAAGGCUCAGGGAGGGAAGUUGGGCUGGGAGACAGGCCGGCUCCCGACCCGGCUGGGGGCAGCCUCGGUGGCUCCGGGUGCCUGGAACAGCCAGGUCAAGAGAAGCCGCGGAGGGCCGGGGCUGGGGCUCGUGCAGGCACGCUCAGUGCAGCGCGCUGGGCAUGGGGUGAUGUGGGGGCUGCAGGAGACACCGAGGUGCGAGAGGCAUCCCAGGUCCAUAGAGGGGCAGAGACCAGCCAGCCGCCAAACCUGAGGGGGAAACUAGCUAAAUAAAAGAAGACUGUUAUUUAAGGCGCGGAAAUUUGAAAUAUUUGGACAGGAAGAGAAGAGAAAAGAGACCUUUGCGAGGAAGGAAAAAAAAGUGACUUCCACAUCAUGGGAUAAAGUAAAUGCUGAGAUGUGUGGGACUGCGAGUCAAUUGGACUGGAAAUUUAGAAUUGCCCAACUUUACCGUUGCAAUGGGCAAGAAGGGUUUUAAGGAACUGCCUUCAGUCAUAGUACUAUGCUUAUUUUAUAUAUUGAGUCUAUUUUUACAUUGAAAGGUUUUCCUUUUUGAGCAUCUCUACUAGUACCUUCAAAAGUUUCCUAAGUUUAACAUCAUACUGCCAUUGAAAGUCAAUUCAUGUAGAAUUGUAAAAAAAAAAAAAAAAAAAAAAAUCUUUCUGCAUUCACUUUAGGGAAUGCGA